AUGGCCGAGGCUGAGCCUGAGAACACAGAGGACCCAAGGUUGAAGACCCAAGGAUGCCGGAAGAUUCUCGAGACCCUCGAAGUGGCUAUCGAACAAUUCCAAUAUAACCCCAGACUUACUAUUUCAGAAGAUUUAAAGGUUGGCUUUUUCACUUCAGAUCAUGCUACUCAGACAGAUUGCAGUGAAAUUUUGCCAUUGAAAGAUUUGACUCAAUCAACAGAGAAGUUAAUACAGAUGAUUACAUCACUUCAGGUGGAUUUUGGAUUCCUCAAAGAUUUGGUUCAACUGAAGUUUGAGGACCGACUUAAAGAGGAGUCUUGGAAAAUUGUCAGUGUGCUUAAUGACAGGAUUUCAGAAAUGAAAAAAUAUUAUCGACAGGCUGAAGAUGUCCUGAGAAAAAGCUUUCAACAGCAGCUGAGUGACGCCAUAGCUGUUGUCAGAGGGAUGUACAAGAAAUUCUUUGAAAUAGAAGCAGAAAAAGCUGCACUACAGGAUGCAACAAACAUCAAAAUGAAUGUUUUAGCAAGAAAACUGAAGGAAAAAGAAGAAAUUCUUAAGGGUUUGAGGGAUGAGCUAGAACAAUAUGAAGAGACUGGAAUUAGCAAGAGUGACACUUUUGCCGGGGAGACUGGCUCUCCGAAGGCAUUCUCAGAAAAGGAAAUGAUGGAAUACAAGAUGGAGAAUGAGAGGCUGCAGCAAGUGAUCGCAGUCUUGGAAGAGGAAGCACAAAUGAACCUGAAAGAAAAUUCCAUGUUAGAGGAUGAAGUUAUGUAUCUGAAAGAGAUGGCAGACCAGGAUCAGCGAACUAUUCAAAGGUUAAUGGACAGUAGAGACAGACUGAGAUACGAGCUGGAUUGCGAAAAACUUGCCAUGCAAGAUUUGAUCAAUAGGCAGAAAGAAGACAUGGAAAUAAGAAGGAAGUAUGCCAGCAUCAGCACCAAGGUUAAAACAACCAAGGGAAGAGAUUCUACUUUCUUCUCACGGCCUUCAAGUCGUCAGUCCAAGAGCGUGACGUUAUCUGAAGACGGACAUGUUAUAAGGCCACCUUCUGCUUCCCUCAGUGUAUCACCGAAGCUGAAAAAGAAGAUCUCAAAGAAAUAUGUCGGUGCCGCCUUCGUUCCUACCUCUCCUGCUCCUGAAGCAGCUGCGGCUCCUGAAGCAGCUGCGGCUCCUGGUGCAGCUGCGGCUCCUGGUGCAGCUGCGGCUCCUGGUGCAGCUGCGGCUCCUGGUGCAGCUACUGUCCCUGUAGCUCUUCUCACCACACCUGUUGGUUCGAUUGUUACCGAUUUCCUUGGAAAACCUGAGAAGGAAAAGCAUGUAAGAACCGUGUACAUCACGGCCCUCUGGCCACGCUUCCCAGACUUCAUGUGGGUUCCCAAUUUGUUAGCCUUUUCCAGCUGCAGCCUCAAGCCUCCCGCUUCCUGCCAGCAUCCUCCAGGACCACUGUCUAACACAUCUGACUCUCAUGUUACAUUCCUAAUACCUCACCUGGUGCCUGAAGACGUAUUGGUAAAAUUACAGGCGCUUAAGGAUGAAGACAAAAAAGCUUUACAGGAUGAGAUACAGAAAUUAAAAACGGCAUUAGAGGAUCAAAAGAAGAAGAUGGAGAGGUUUAGAAAAGAAGCUGAUCGGAUCAACAAAAACUGGGAGAGGAAAUUCAUCAUCCUCAGGAACAGUUUCCAUAUUCUAAAGGAUGAAAUGUUUACUAGACACACACUUUUCCGGCAAUUUGCAAUGAUUGCUGACACCUCCUUCAAUUACAUUAGAGUCAAGCCUUUGUAUGUACACUCUGCAAUGAAUUUGUCAGAGAUGCCAUCUCCUACAAGUGUUUAUAACUCAUCCAUGGCAGGGGUGAAGUAUUCAGGGUAUCACGAGAGGAAGAGAGGGGUGCUUCUCAUUAGGAGAGAACCCCAAAGCCUGUCCUGGAAGCCGGAGGGGGCCACACAGCCUGACUCCUUCAAGCAAAGUGCCCGCGCCUCUCCAAAGCAAUGCCAGCGCAACAGGUUGUUUGGAACUAAUGCGGACACGCCAGGAAAUCUGCUGGCAUUGAUCUGCGGGGAUCAUCCAGGGGCCAAACCUCUCCAAGAAGCAACAGUAAGACCCCCAGGAGUCCAAAAGUGGGGCCAGCUAGAAGCUUGUGCCCCGGCCACUGUCGCCGCUAGAGCAGGCUCUAGGGCCACCAAACAAAACCAGCAAGCCAACAAUCUGCGCACCUGGCCACCCAGCUCUUGGCACCCGGACUACCCAGGGCUCCCCGCGGAGCCAGGGGACGGCAGUGACCCGGGGCCUCCUUAG